UCUUUUAGCUUCAAGAUCGACUUGGUCUCGAUUUUCUCCAGCUGACCCUCGGGUCACCCUGCCAACAAUAGUGGUGCUAAAAGUUUAUAAUGGCCUCCAACGAGAAUUCAACAAAUCAUGAAGAACGCCACGAAGAUGAGGACGAGAAUGCGCCCAUUAUCAAGCGGCAAAAGGUCAAAAAAGCCAAGACCCGCCCACUUUCCAGCCGGAAAUACAUUCCAGUGGUGGAGCGGGUCUGCCUAUUUUGCACUUUCGUUGCCGAAGACGCAGAGGAUUUGGAGGAUCACAACCACCAAAGUCACACGGAAGAGUGGCAAAAGAUUGAGAUCCAAGUUUGCCAAUAUUGCAAACCCGCCACUCAUUUCUCAACCAAAGCCGAGCGAGCCGACCAUUUGAAGGACAAUCAUGCCGAUCACUUGGUCUGUUCACUCUGUCCAGGAUUGAGAUUUGAGGAGGGCGAGGACGAACUGGACGAGCAUUGGCGGCAAAUGCACGCUAAGGUACGCCACGCGCCUUGUGGCGUGUGUGGCGAAAAAUUUAAGAUGGCCUCCCUUUUGAGAGCUCACUUGAGAACGAAACACCCUCGAAUUGAGUAUGCCUGUCGGCAAGAGCACGAAUCGUUGGCGAUUGUGACCUUUGCCUCUCAGUCUGCCUACCAGCAACAUGUCCUGGCUGUUCAUAAACCGCUCAGUUGCUUCCCAUGCCACGUUUGUGGUAAAAGCUUCACUCGGGAAUUGGCUUUGCGACGGCAUCUGCAGCACGCCCACAUUCAUCCCACCUCCCACAUGCCUGGACUGGCGUGCUCACAGUGUUCCCAUGUGGCGCGGACAGCUCGGGGCCUGAAAUCACACCUUGAAGCCCGACACGACAUGGAGGGUGGGGAGAUCUUUCAAUGUGAUUUGUGUCGCUAUAAUGCCUUAUCCAAAGUGACAUUGGCCCGUCACCAAAAGGCAGCCCAUCCCCAAUGCGAUCUUUGUGAAGCCCACUUUGGCUCUGAGGAAGAGUUGGAAGAUCACACCCUCUUCCUUCAUCCCGACACUCUCAUGUGCAGCCUCUGCCAAGUCCGGCAGGCCUCUCAGGCCCAGCUCAAAGAGCACAUGAGCCUUCACUACAACGAGUCACGCUUUGCCUGUCAGAAAUGCGAGCUGGAAUUUGACAGCUUCUCAGAUCUCAACACCCACAUCCUUCAAGACCACCUUCUUCCCGCAGUGGGACGUGAGCAAACAGACAUGGGCGUUUUCCCAUGCUUUGAGUGCGCAUUCCAGGCUAGUGAUAUCCGUGAGCUCACGCGUCACGUUCAAGUGACCCACUUUCAAGAGGAAGGGCGCACUUUUCCUUGCUCCGAGUGCGAUUAUGUGGCCAAGUCUGCAUUCACCCUGCGUGAACACAACAAACGAUGUGGCAAAGGAAAACGCAAGUAUCGCUGUCAGAUUUGCGGUUUUGAGGCCAAUCACUUCAAUGGGUUGAUCAGCCAUUCCCAGGAAGCUCACCGGCGCGAUGCGUCUAAGCGCAUGAAGUGCGCAGAGUGCAGCUUUUCGACUGAGCGCGCAUACAACCUGAAGGUGCACAUGAAGAGACACAAGAGGGAGCGCGCUAAGCGUGAGGGUAAUACAUCUGACCUUAAAGCGUCUAACAAAGAGAAUGAAGAAGAAACAAUUCAAGAUCACUAACCUGUGCCUAUGGAAAAGGCAGACCCCUGCCCAGACUGCCAGGAGCAUCAGGCCAAUAUUCUCGCACAUCUCAAAGGCCCAAGGAAUGUGGGGAAGGUUAUCUGCAAUUGACAGGAAUGAAUGGGCCUUUUUUUUCAUACGAGACAUCUUGCAACUUUCUACAUUAAAAUGUAUUGAAAAAGGAA